CUCUGCCCCUCGUUCUCUGGCAGGGCCCUAUGAUUUAUGCAGGAGCAGAGGCAGCACGCAAUCGAGCUGUCAAGAGAGCGUCAGCUUAUUAGGCAAAUGCUGCGUGGUUUCUGAAGAGGGUCGACGCUAUAAAAUCCCACUCCAGGCUCUGUUGUGGAGAAACUCAGAGCCCAAGUCCGUUGAGAGACUGAAGAGAAAGAUAAGAGGGGAAGAAAAAGAGAGUGAGGACAGAAAGGCGAAGGGAAGAAAACCCCUGAAAAAGCCCCGCAGACGUCCCUCUGCAGAGAGGCGGCAGCGCCCCACUCACCUGCAGAAGCACCUCAGAAGCGAGCGCCCCUACCAUGCGGCUGCCGCUGCUCUUGUCCGCGGGCGUCUUGCUAGUGGCUCUCCUGCCCUGCCCGCCAUGCAGGGCCCUCCUCAGUCGGGAGCCCAUCCCGGGCGCCCGGCAGGCCCCGCAGCACCCCCAGCCCCUGGAUUUCUUCCAGCUGCCGCAGCAGCCCCAGCAGCCCCAACAGCCGCAGGCUCGGCCCGUCCUGCUCCGCAUGGGGGAGGAAUAUUUCCUCCGCCUGGGUAACCUCAACAAGAGCCCCGCUGCUCCCCUCUUGCCCGCCUCUUCACCUGUCGCUGGCGGCAGCGGCAGCCGCCUUUCGCCGGACGAGGCGGCUGCCAACUUUUUCCGCGCUUUGCUGCAGCAGCUGCCGCUGCCCCGGCGCCCGCUCGACAGCCCCGCAAGUCCCGCCGAGCGCAGAGCCGAGAACGCCCUCGGCAGCCGCCAGGAGAUACCGGAGAGGGAGAGGCGAUCCGAGGAACCUCCCAUCUCGCUGGAUCUCACCUUCCACCUCUUACGAGAAGUCUUGGAAAUGGCCAGGGCUGAGCAGUUAGCGCAGCAAGCUCACAGCAACAGGAAACUGAUGGAGAUUAUUGGGAAAUAAAACGGUGCGUUUGGGCCAAAAAGAUGCAGCAUUUAGCACACAAGAAAAAAAAUUAAAAAAAAAAGAAAAUAAUAAAGUAUCCUGUAUCAUCGCAUUGCUCUAAUACCAUUUGUUUAUUUUUUUAUAGCUUGAAGCCUAGCAGAUAUACAGCGAGAGAGCCUAUACUCCUUAAUUAGCAUGCACAAAGUGUAUUCACGUGCAGUAACAGCAACAAAAUGUUAUUUGUAUUGUCUACUCUGAGUUUCCAUUUCCAGGUGUCUUUAAUGGUGUUUAGAAAGUAUAGACCCAGAAGGAAAUGUUUUGAAGCAGACAGAAGUCACCCAAUUUAUUUUGUUGUGGUCUGAGCCAAAGAGAAUGUCAUUCUCUUGGGUGGGUGAAACAAAAUCUGUAAGCUCUUUGAAUCAACCUUUCCUUGUAAACGUUUCAGUAAUAAAACAUCUUUCCAAUCCUUGGUCAAUUUGGUUGUGUAAGAGAAUGUUGAAUAUUUAUAUUUUUAAUAAAAGCUUCAAAGAUAA